CGCGAAGGGCGGGGCAGUGCACGCUGCAAGAUGGCGCCCCCCACCCCAGCCGCUGCCGGCCACCUAGGCGGCCAAGCACCCCUGUCAAUUAAAAUCCGGGGCGGGGCCUCGCGGGCGGCCGCUGACCCCCGGCCCGGGGGCGGGUCUCGGGCCGGCUGAGGCCAGUCGCAGCCCGGGAGCCCCCCCGCCGCCCCAGCCUUACCGGACCAGGCCUUUCCAGCCCGCCAGGAAGCCAUGGGGCCCCAACUGAACUCUUCUCUGUGAUAUUAGUAAAUAAACAGAUCAGUGGUUUGAAGAAAGGCUGGAUCUUCUCUUGUUUUCAGUACCCAGUUAUGGUAUCUCUGAAAUAGCCUGCUGUACAGCUAAGGUUCAAAGAGUUCUUCUCUGCUUAAAAUGCCUGAAAUAAAAGUCACUCCCCUGGGGGCUGGCCAGGAUGUGGGCCGGAGCUGCAUCCUUGUGUCUAUUGCAGGGAAAAAUGUCAUGCUAGACUGCGGGAUGCACAUGGGCUAUAAUGAUGAUAGACGCUUUCCUGAUUUUUCAUACAUUACCCAGAAUGGAAGGCUGACUGACUUUCUAGACUGUGUAAUCAUCAGCCACUUUCAUUUGGACCACUGUGGAGCUUUACCGUAUUUCAGCGAAAUGGUUGGCUAUGAUGGACCCAUAUACAUGACGCACCCCACCAAGGCCAUCUGCCCCAUCCUGCUGGAGGAUUACAGGAAAAUUACUGUGGAUAAGAAAGGGGAGAGCAACUUCUUCACUUCCCAGAUGAUUAAAGAUUGUAUGAAAAAAGUGGUAGCUGUCCACCUUCACCAGACAGUUCAGGUAGAUGAUGAGCUGGAAAUCAAGGCGUACUAUGCUGGCCAUGUGCUGGGAGCAGCCAUGUUCCAGAUUAAAGUUGGUUCUGAGUCUGUGGUAUAUACUGGUGAUUAUAACAUGACGCCAGACAGACACUUAGGAGCUGCCUGGAUUGAUAAGUGUCGUCCGGAUUUAUUAAUCAGCGAAUCCACCUAUGCCACAACUAUCAGAGACUCCAAACGCUGCAGAGAGAGGGACUUCCUGAAGAAGGUCCAUGAAAGUGUAGAGAGAGGAGGGAAGGUUCUUAUCCCGGUUUUUGCUCUGGGACGUGCCCAGGAACUCUGCAUCUUAUUGGAAACUUUCUGGGAAAGAAUGAACCUGAAGGCCCCAAUUUACUUCUCCAUGGGGCUGACUGAGAAGGCCAAUCACUACUACAAGCUCUUCAUCACAUGGACCAAUCAGAAGAUCCGGAAAACUUUUGUCCAGAGAAACAUGUUCGAAUUCAAACACAUCAAGGCAUUUGACAGGGCCUUUGCCGAUAACCCUGGGCCAAUGGUUGUAUUUGCAACCCCAGGUAUGCUUCAUGCCGGACAGUCCCUUCAGAUCUUCAGGAAAUGGGCAGGGAAUGAAAAGAACAUGGUCAUUAUGCCAGGUUACUGUGUGCAAGGAACUGUGGGCCAUAAGAUCCUGAGUGGACAGCGGAAGCUAGAAAUGGAAGGAAGACAAAUACUGGAGGUGAAGAUGCAGGUAGAAUACAUGUCCUUUAGUGCCCAUGCUGAUGCCAAGGGAAUAAUGCAGCUGAUUCGCCAGGCCGAGCCACGCAGUGUUCUUCUGGUUCACGGGGAAGCAAAGAAAAUGGAGUUCCUGAAGCAGAAAAUUGAACAGGAAUUUCAUAUCAACUGCUACAUGCCUGCAAACGGAGAAACCACUACAUUGUUCACCAGCCCCAAUAUACCAGUGGACAUUUCCCUUGGAUUGUUGAAGAGAGAGACUGCCAUCGGUCUCGUACCAGAUUCCAAGAAGCCAAAGCUCAUGCAUGGCACAUUAAUCAUGAAGGAUAAUAGCUUCCGCUUGGUCUCUCCCGAGCAGGCACUGAAGGAACUGGGGCUUGGGGAGCAUCAGCUGCGUUUUACCUGCCGUGUCCACAUUCAGGAUCCUCGCAAGGAGCACGAGAUGGUGCUUCGAGUCUAUAAUCACCUUAAGGGAGUCCUGAAAGAUUAUUCUGUUCAGCAUCUCCCUGAUGGAUCUAUCAUGGUGGAGUCCAUUCUGAUCCAAGCCACAGCACAGUCAGAGGACCAAGGAACCAAAGUUUUGCUGGUGUCAUGGACAUACCAGGAUGAAGAACUGGGCAGCUAUCUUACAUCCCUGUUGAAAAAGGGACUGCCACAAACUACAGCUUGAGUGACGCAGCAAUGGGGAAAAUGGAACUUCAGAAGCCUUCCAGGUUUACCUCUGUUUUUUACAUUAUCCAGAGCAUGUAAAUACUUUUUUUUAAAUAAAACGUCUAUUGUAAAAUA